UAACAGACCAAAAUGCCUUCUCAAAUGGAGCACGCCAUGGAAACCAUGAUGUUCACAUUUCACAAGUUUGCUGGGGAUAAAGGCUACUUAACAAAAGAGGACCUGCGAGUGCUCUUGGAAAAGGAGUUCCCCUGGGAUUUUUUGGAAAAUCAGAAAGAUCCUCUGGCUGUGGACAAAAUAAUGAAGGACCUGGACCAGUGUCGAGAUGGCAGAGUAGGAUUCCAGAGUUUCUUUUCGCUCAUCGCUGGGCUCACCAUCGCCUGCAAUGACUAUUUUGUUGUACACAUGAAGCAGAAGGGGAAGAAAUAGGCAACUGGAGUCAUGAAAUUACUCCUAUCCAUUCCGGAGUCUCCCAAAGGGUCCCUUCAAGAUCAUCUCUACAGUUUCCCUCAUACCAGGAUUUCAUGAGCGGACUCAGAUCUCUAAAACAUGUACAAACUUGGUCCAACUCUGACUUAACCGAAAGAGAAAGAAAACUCUCUAGAAAACCUUUUGAUUUUUGUAUUGCCUCCUCCUACCCUCAAUAAACAAAUUUCUUUUUUAGUUCCUGAUUGGAGACAGAA